AUGGCGCGCUCAAAGAAGCAAACGAACCCGAGCUCUGAUCCAAAGGCAAAGACAGUGCGCUCUGUACGAUCGUUUGUACUCGACGAAGACUGCAAUCCGCAAGAACGAGGCGCGGCCGAAGAAACGAUCCGGGACAAUGAAGACCCCAAAGAAACCAAGAUCGACGUCUUCGACGACUGCGAUUGUAUAAUCUUGUCUGCCAAUGUCAAAUUCUGUCAACUUCGAAUGGAUAAGAUCGAAAGGCAUAUCAACAACUCAAAGCGAAAGCCCGAUAUCAUCGCGAUUCAAGAUCCUCCAACGAAGCUUGCUUAUCGGAAAUUUCCCUCAUACAAUAUUCAUUGGCGUGCUGAGGAUAACGAAGACGGGCAAGCGCAGGAGAUGACCGCAGAGGAUCAUCCUAACCAUCUGGCAUACCAGCCUCCAUACGAAUCCAGAAGGGAAAGGCCAGAGCGGAAUAAGAUCACUGGAGGACAGAAAAAAUUAUCCAAGGUUGCUUUUCUCAUUCAUCGCUCCAUCAUAGGCGUCGAACUUGAUGAGCCAGCACCUGGCACACCUAAUCGUGGUAGGGUCGCCACUCUACACGUCGAUACUGGCCAAGGAUCACUUGCCAUACACAACGCUUUGAUAUCGAGGGCCAUCGUUCCGGCUAUUAAUGAAUUUGUUCCCACCAUCGAGGUAUUUGCCCAUGAGCCGCAAGAACCAUCAUCGAUCCCCACCACGCCCGCGCAAAAGAACCGUGCUUGGCGUCGUGCUGUCACCAAAUGGACCCAUAGUAGACAAGGCGUUUUCCGUACCGCCAAGAGAGCUCGCAGCUGGGGUUUACCAAGACAGCUGGAUUUCACUCCAGACUUCGACAUCGGCCGUGGCCCUAUCAAAUCCAACCGUGACAAGGCAGAAUGCUAUGUCGAUUCGAUCUGGACGAAGUGGGAAUACAAAGGACCCCCUAAGAACUCACAGCCCAAUACUACUUCUUCGGAAAGCUCGGACCACCCAUCAAUGCCGCGCACAUCGAAGCCACACUUUCCAUUGCCCCACAUCAACCUUGACAAGGACACACGAGACAUGACGCAACGGAUAGUGGAGGGCGAGGUCAAGAAGCUUUAA